AUGGCUUGCCGCGUGGAGGACCUCGUGGACUCUGGGAAGAUUCCGGAGGAGUUUGCGGAGAGGUACGAGGCUUUGGCGGGCGCAGACAUGUCGGAGCUCCAGGACAUGGUGGACACGCUGCAGCUGCCAAGCGAAGGCUCUUCCAAGCAGCUGGCGUUCCGAAUUGUCCGGUUCUUGGCGGGCCUGCCUCCGACCAGUGACGCUGCGCUGAGGGAGGUGCCCAAAUUGGAUGCCGGGCCCAGCAAAGCCAAGCUGAAGCAGUUCCUGGUGAACUUCCUGUCGAAUGCAGACUUGGAAAGCACGACCAUUGGCCAGCUCAAGGAGGCUGCAAAGGAAGAGUUCGAAUUGAUGACAGACGAGGCCAUCAAGAACCUCCGUGAUCUAGCAGCUGGGGAAAUGCGGAAGCAGCUCACGGCCAGGAACCGCAAGCGAGCCAGGAUGGAAGCCGAGGAGACAAUGGAGGAGCCAGGCAAUGCAGGCGAAAAUGCAGACCCAGCGCCUGCCGACGAGGCCGGCAAAGAGGAUCCUACCGAGCCACAGCCGGCGCCGAGAGAGCCCCAAGCGGACCAAGCCGCCGCAGAGCCCGCGAAGGCCAAGAACACCACCUGCCCGGCUUGCGGCAACACCUACUUGGACGACUCGCGCUUCUGCCGCAAGUGCGGCCGCAAGCGUGACGAGGAGGCCGAGGGUGUCACUGAGGAGGCGCCCAAGGACAUGGAGCCGCCCAAGCCGCCCAAGGAGGACGAUUCGGAUGAUUCGGACUCCGACUCUUCCUGCCCGGCUGCCUUGCAGCCAGAGGGCCCCGGAAUCCAUUAG